AUGCAACAAACAGGCGUCCCUGGUCACAAAAGCCAGCCCAUGGACGAAUUACUCUCAGAGGGCUUCGCCUCCCAUGUGAAUGACCUUCUUAGAACAUGGCACGUCCCCGGCCUCAGCAUCGCCGUCUUCAAUAAACAGUCCACACGCACAGCAGCAUUCGGCCACGCCCGCCUCGAUCACCCUGUCCCAGCAACGCUCGACACGGUCUACGACAUGGCGUCCACUAGCAAGUCUUUCACCGCCGCAGCCAUCGGCAAGCUCGUCGCCGAUGACGACCACCACCCAAAUGUAGCCUGGACAGCCAAGAUGUCUGUUCUUCUCCCAGACGACUUUGUCCUCCCUGAUGCAUACGCGACCCAGCACACUACCGUCGAAGACAUCCUCAGCCACCUGACCGGCAUGCCCGGCCACGAUUUGAGCUACAUGAGCAUCCGCGCCGCGCAGCCCGACACAGCGCAAUCCGUCACCCAAAGUCUGCGGCACCUCCCCAUGAAUGCCCCCCUGAGGACUGCCUACCAGUACAACAACAUGAUGUACACUGUCGCCACACACCUCGUCGAAACCUUAACGGAGCAAUCCUUCGCCUCAUUCCUCCACAAAAACUUCUUCCGACCGUUGGGCAUGACCUCUACCUUCCUACAGCCCUCCGCCGUCUACGCCACAGGUGAAGCCUACUCCUCCCGUCUCGCACACCGCCACGUAUGGAAACCAGCCACGCAAUCCUACCUCACGCUCCCCAUCCCCGUCGAGCAGCCCGAAGGCCAAGGCGCAGGCUCGAUCCAGUCCUCCGUCGUUGAUUUCGCGAAAUGGGGCCAAGCAUUACUUCGCCGAGACACGAAUAUCCUGCCGGAGAAGAUCUACGAUGACCUAUUCACCCCUCGGAUAAUCCUCGACCCCGAAUCCACAGUGGACGAAAGGGAGCCGUUCACGAGUUACGAGCUGUACUGUUUGGGCCUGUCCGUGCGGUUUUACCGCGGACACAGAAUCAUCGAGCACGACGGGUCGAUCACGGGAGUACAGAGCUUGUUAUGUUUCCUUCCGGAGGAUGACUUUGGUAUGGUCAUAUGUGGAAAUGGGGAUAACGCUGCGAUCAUUGCACAUAUUCUGGCUAUGCAGUUGUUCGAUGAUGUGUUGAGUAUCCCUGAACCAGGGCGGGUAGAUUGGGGGCGGCGUGCGGUGGAGGUCACUGAGAGGGGUGCAAGGGAGGCAGCUGAGGAAGGGGCUGAGUCAAAGGGCGAUGCGGACGCGCGGUAUAAUGCGACGGAUUGGCCGUUGAGCGCGUUCACGGGGAUGUUCGUGCAUCCGGGGUAUAAGACGAUCAUCAUCGACAUUGUUCCCUCUUCAAGGAAAAGUUCUGAUGAAGGCGAUCAAGAGCAGGAGAAGUUGCACAUCGACGCCCUGGACCGCAGCGAGCCUUUUGAGGCGUUCUUCGAAGGUCUGCGGGAUGUCAGGGACGACGAGGAGGCGGAGAAGUGGGAGGUCGAGAAGGGAAAUGCAGUCAUUUGCACAGCGGACAUCGUUGAUGAUGGCGGGGAGGUCUUGAGUGUUUGGGCCGUCUUUGAUUUUCGUGGCAAGGGGAUUAGCGAAGGGGAAGGAGAAAGGGCACGGAGGGUCGGGAUCGCAUUGUGUGUAUCCAAGGGGAAUAUGUUGAUCUGGUUUGAUCGGGGAAAGCGAUAG